AUGAAGAGUUUGACACAGGAGGACUGCUGGAGGGUAGUUUCGGCGUUUUUCAAGGAAAAAGGGCUGGUGAGGCAGCAGCUGGACUCAUUCAACGAGUUCAUACAGAGCACCAUGCAGGAAGUGGUAGACGAGAACUCGACCAUAGUGUUGCUGGCGCACAGCCCCACAGGAGAGGAGAGCCAAGCAAGAAAGUACACGAUAAAGUUCAAGCAGAUAUAUGUGAGCAAGCCGCCAACGAUAACGGAGCCUGACGGGCGGACGUCUCCCAUGUUUCCUAACGACGCAAGAGUAAGAAGCCUUACGUACUCUGCCUCGCUGUACAUAGACAUUGUCAAGACGGAGCAUGUGGGGGGCGAGGAGGUGGAGACGCGCCUGUACAAAAGAAUGCCGAUAGGUUCGAUCCCCAUCAUGCUGAGGUCGCAGUACUGCGUGUACAGCAACGUGGACGACAGGGACAUAAACCGGAUGGAGGAGUGCCCGUAUGACCAGGGAGGAUACUUUAUAGUGAACGGGUCUGAAAAGGUUCUGAUUGCGCACGAGCGAAUGGCGUCAAACCUUGUGUACAUUUUCAAAAAGGCGCCGCCGUCGCCGUAUCUGUACACGGCGGAGAUGCGGUCGGUUCCUGACCACGGGCUGCGGCUGCCGUCGUCGCUGACGAUUCGGCUGCUUUCCAAGCCUGCGGACGGCGCGGCGGGAGGCGGGCAUCUUCUCCGGGCGCUGCUUCCGCACGCGAAGGUAGACAUUCCUGUGGUGGUGAUUUUCCGGGCGCUUGGGUUUGUGUCGGACAAGGAGAUACUGGAGCACAUCUGCUACGACUUCUCGGACACGGAGAUGCUGGGCAUGCUGAGGCCGAGCAUAGAGGAGGCUUUUGUGAUCCAGGACCAGGGCGUGGCGCUGGACUACAUAGGAAAGCGGGUGGCGCCUGCGGGGUUCAGCAAGGAGAAGAGGAUCAAGUUUGCCAAGGACCUGUUCCAGAAGGAGUUUCUGCCGCACGUGGGGACAAAGGAGUUCUGCGAAACCAAAAAGGCGUACUUGUUUGGGUAUGCGAUAAACAAGCUGCUGAUGGUGGCGCUGGGCAGGCGAAGCGAGGAGGACCGGGACCACUAUGGGAGAAAAAGGCUGGACCUCGCAGGGCCGCUGAUGACGGGGCUGUUCCGGAUGCUGUUCAAGAAAAUGUGCAACGAGCUUGCCAAGCACAUGCAGCGGUGCAUAGACGGGAACAAAGACCUGAACCUGGUGAUUGGCCUGAGAACGUCCACGCUGACGCAGGGCCUGCGGUACUCGCUGGCCACGGGGAACUGGGGAGAGCAGUCCAAGAGCAUGCAGGCGCGGGCCGGGGUGGCGCAGGUGCUGAACAGAUACAACUACAUAUCGACGCUUUCGCACCUGCGGAGAGUGAACACGCCUAUAGGGCGGGACGGAAAGCUUGCAAAGCCGAGGCAGCUGCACUCCAGCCACUGGGGCAUGGUCUGUCCGGCAGAAACCCCGGAGGGGCAGGCCUGUGGGCUGGUGAAGAACUUUGCGCUGAUGUCGCACAUUUCGGUUGGGUCAAACUCGUCGCUGGUGAUUGAGCUGCUUGAAGAGUGCGGGCUGGAGGGCCUUGAGGAGGUCAGCCCGUCGGCGAUUGCCGGGGCCACGAAGGUUUUGGUGAACGGGUCGUGGGUGGGGGUGCACAGGUCGCCAAACGACUUGAUGAGCACGCUGAAGUACCUGCGAAGGUCCGGAGAGCUGUCCUCGGAGAUCGGGAUAGUCCGGGACCUGCGGGAGAGGGAAAUCCGGAUAAACACGGACAGCGGGCGCGCGUGCCGGCCUCUGUUUAUAGUCGAAAAAGGGGCGCUUAAGGUAGAAAAGUUCCUGGAGGAGAACAGACACAGACACUUCACGUGGGAGGAGCUGAUGACCGAGGGGUGCGUCGAGUUUCUGGACGUGGAGGAGGAGGAGACGGCAAUGGUUGCGGUCAAGCCGGAGGACCUGCAGGGCUCGGAGAUCAUGUACACGCACUGCGAGAUACAGCCUGCAACAAUACUGGGGGUGUGCGCGUCAAUUGUGCCGUUUCCAGACCACAACCAGUCGCCAAGAAAUACGUACCAGAGCGCUAUGGGUAAGCAGGCCAUGGGGAUGUAUGCAACAAACUUUUUGAUGCGCAUGGACUCGCUGUCGAACGUGCUGUGCUAUCCGCAGAAGCCGCUGGUGAUCACGCAGAGCAUGAACUUCCUGCGGUUCAGAGAGCUUCCGUCAGGGCAGAACGCCAUGGUUGCAAUUGCAUGCUACAGCGGGUACAACCAGGAAGACAGUGUGGUGAUGAACCGAGGGUCUGUCGACCGGGGGCUGUUCCGAAGCUUUUUCUACAGAACGUACAGCGACAUCGAAAGCCGAACAAAGCCGGAGGAGCAGGAGUGCUUCAUGAAGCCGGACCGGAGAAGCGUGAUGCGGAUGAAGAACGCAAACUACGAGAAGCUGGACAUAGACGGGCUUGUGCUGCCGGGAACGCGGGUCUCGGGCGAGGACGUUUUGAUAGGAAAAGUCGUCACCACGCCAGACGGGUCCAAAGACGCCAGCACGACCAUGCGGGGCACAGAGAGCGGAGUUGUUGACCGGGUCAUACUGACGACGAAAGACGGGUACAGGUACACGCGAAUCCGGGUGCGGUCGGCAAGAACCCCGCAGAUGGGAGACAAGUUUGCGUCGCGCCACGGGCAGAAGGGAACUAUUGGAAUCAUGCUCCCGCCCGAGGACAUGCCGUUCACUGCAGACGGAAUAACGCCGGACAUCAUCAUCAACCCGCACGCCAUUCCCAGCAGAAUGACGAUCGGGCAUCUGGUGGAGUGUCUUCUUGGAAAGGUCAGCUCGAUGUCUGGAAAGGAGGGAGACGCCACGCCGUUCACGGGGCUCAGCGUGGAGGAGAUAAGCGAGGAGCUGCGCAAGCACGGGUACCAGAAGAGAGGGUUUGAGGUGAUGUACUCGGGGUCCACGGGAAGAAAGCUGCGGAGCCAGGUGUUUAUUGGGCCCACGUACUACCAGAGGCUGAAGCACAUGGUGGCAGACAAGAUGCACGCGCGCGCGAACGGGCCUGUGCAGAUUCUAACAAGGCAGCCGGUGGAGGGAAGAAGCCGAGACGGAGGCCUUAGGUUUGGAGAAAUGGAAAGGGACUGUAUGAUAUCGCACGGGGCAGCGUCCUUCCUCAAGGAGAGGCUGUGCGACGUAAGCGACCGCUUUGAGGUGUUCAUUUGCAACGACUGCGGGGUGUUCUGCGCAGGAAACAAAGAAAGAGGGCUGUACCAGUGCCAGCUGUGCGGAACCCGCACGGCCAUAAGCGCGGUGUACAUGCCGUACGCCUUCAAGCUUCUUGUGCAGGAGAUGAUGGCCAUGUGCAUAUCGGUGCAGAUGCGGCUGGAGACGUGGAAGAAAAUAUAA